UCAUCGACUCUCCCUCUCCCCCUCCCUCUAUUCCAUGACCAUGUCUUCUUCUAAGCUUUCGUUGUCCCUCGUUGCUUUCUCAGCCAUUGUCAUUUUCCUUGCUCUUUUCUCAUCGACAUCUCUAGCAGAUGACUCCAUAUGUCAGUCCACACCUGACCCUUCCUCUUGCAAAGGCCUUGUCCAGAGCAACAAAUCCGCAAAUGUUUACGAUUAUGGAAGGUCAUCUUUGAAGAAGUCGAUAGCGACUUCGCGUAAGUUCUUGUCCCUGGUUGACAAGUACCUCAGUGCCCGGUCCAAUUUGUCGGCCGCUGCGGUUCGGGCGCUGCAGGACUGUCGCUUUCUAGGAGGACUAAACUUGGAUUACUUGUUGAGCUCUUCUCAAGUUGCGGAUGCUAAUUCUAAAAUCCUGUCUGUUCUGGAAGCUGAUGAUGUGCAAACCUUGCUUAGUGCCCUUUUAACUAACCAGCAAACAUGCUUGGAUGGUCUGCAAGAGACCUCUUCUUCAUGGAGUGUGAAGAACGGUGUUUCAACUCCCCUGUCCAAUGACACUAAGCUCUAUAGAGUUUCUCUAUCCCUCUUCACCAAGGGUUGGGUUCCCAAGCAGAAGAAGGGGAAAGUGGUGAAAGCUAGGAAGCAUCUCCCCUUUGGAAAUGGGCGCUUGCCCUUGAAAAUGUCUAGCCAAAACCGAAAACUCUACGAGUCUUUGAGUAACAGGAAGUUGCUGGACACCGGUAAUGAUCAGGUUUCGAUAAGCGACAUCGUGACGGUGAACCAGGAUGGGAGUGGAAAUUUCGCGACCAUUAAUGAUGCCAUAGCUGUAGCUCCAAACAAUACCGAUGGCAGCAAUGGAUACUUUGUGAUUUACAUCCAGGCCGGAGUCUACGAAGAGUACGUAUCCAUCGCUAAGAAUAAGAAGUACUUGAUGAUGAUCGGUGAUGGCAUCAACCAGACUGUGAUCACCGGAAACAGAAGCGUGGUUGAUGGAUGGACAACUUUCAACUCCGCCACAUUUGCUGUGGUGGCACAAGGAUUUGUUGCAGUGAACAUAACAUUCCGGAACACAGCUGGGGCAGCAAAACAUCAAGCGGUUGCCCUCCGGAGCGGGGCUGAUUUAUCAACAUUCUACCUGUGCAGCUUUGAAGCCUAUCAAGACACCUUAUACACCCAUUCCCUAAGGCAAUUCUACAGAGAAUGCGACAUAUAUGGAACGGUUGAUUUCAUAUUUGGCAAUGCUGCAGUUGUCUUCCAAAACUGCAACUUAUAUCCCCGGCUGCCCCUGAGCGGACAGUUCAAUGCCAUCACCGCCCAAGGCCGGACGGACCCCAAUCAGAACACCGGCACCUCAAUUCACAACUGUGUCAUUCGUGCCGCCGAUGAUUUGGCUGCAAGCAAUGGAACCACAAAGACAUACUUGGGAAGGCCAUGGAAGGAGUAUUCAAGGACAGUGUACAUGCAAUCAAACAUGGGUAGUUUGAUUAAUCCUUCUGGUUGGAGCAUUUGGUCUGGGGAUUUUGCUUUAAGUACAUUAUACUAUGCUGAGUACAACAACACCGGACCCGGAUCAAACACCAGUAAUAGAGUUACAUGGUCUGGAUACCAUGUGAUUGGACCUUCUGAUGCUGCAAAUUUCACUGUCGGCAACUUCCUUCUCGGGGGUGACUGGUUGCCUCAGACUGGGGUGCCUUACACUGGUGGCUUGUUAUAAGCAAUUAAUUCAUAAUCACUUGCAAUCUUCAACCAUUUUGUUUCUUCGAUUCUUGGGACUGUUUAAUUAAGCAGUUAAUAAGCCUGUGCCCAAGCCAACAAAAUAAUGCGUUGCUUGGACUUUGGAAAUAUAAGUCAAUUCAAUUGAAUUAU